UCUGCAGUGUCUUAUUAGUGACUGAGCGCCGCUAGGGGAAUCACUUUACGCACCAGCAUCCACAGGUACGCACGGCCCUGUGGAGAGCCUCCGUCCUCCUGUUGCUCCAUGGAGAACUCCAGCCUUCCGGGAGGCAGCGUGCAGACUGCUGGCCCGCUCAACUUUCUCACAUCAGACACUUUGAAGCGAGUUGUGCCUUCUCCGGGGGACGCCGUCAUGAGUGGACUAGGAGCGGUCGGUAGAGCUGUCUUCCGAGAAAGCGGCGCGUCCGCGCCUGCUGCCGGAGCAGCGUUCGCGGGGGCUCCGCCAGCGGAAUCCCCUCACCUGGUGCCUGCUUUUUGGGAUUCCCCUCUGAGUCACGGAAUCAACGUGUUUGUGGGACUGGUGCUGUGCUUCACCAUGCUGGGGCUGGGCUGCACGGUGGAGGUUAGUCAGCUCGGAGAACAUAUCCGCAGACCGAUCGGGGUGCUGCUGGCUUUAGUGUGUCAGUUUGUGAUCAUGCCCUUGGUGGCCUUUCUUUUGGCUUUAGCCUUCUCUCUGGACGAUGUAGCAGCGAUGGCCGUUCUCCUCUGCGGCUGCUGUCCCGGAGGGAACUUGUCAAACAUCAUGUCGCUGCUGGUGCACGGAGAAAUGAACCUCAGCAUCAUCAUGACCAUAUCGUCCACUCUGCUGGCUCUCGUCCUGAUGCCACUCUGUCUGUGGAUCUACAGUCGAGCUUGGAUCAACACUCCCGUGGUCAACCUCAUGCCCUUCGGGGCCAUCAUCCUGACCCUGUGCAGCACUCUUAUCCCCAUCGGGCUUGGGGUGCUGCUCAGGUACCGCUACACGCGCGUGGCUGACAUCGUUCUGAAGGCUUCCCUGUGGUCUCUGCUGGUCACCCUGCUGAUGCUCUUCAUCCUGACGGCGGCCAUGUUGGGGCCGGAGCUGCUCUCCACCAUCCCGCCCUCCGUCUACGUGGUGGCCGUGCUGAUGCCCCUGUGCGGCUACGCCGCGGGCUACGGCCUGGCCGUGCUCUUUGACCUGCCCCCCAACAGCCGGAGGUCCGUCUCCCUGGAGACCGGGUGCCAGAACGUGCAGCUGUGCACCGCCAUCCUGAAGCUGGCCUUCCCCCCUCAGCUGAUGGGAGGGAUGUACAUGUUCCCGCUGCUCUACGCUCUCUUCCAGGCGGCCGAGGCCGGCAUCUUCAUCCUGGCCUACAGGAUGUACAGGAAGAAGGUCCUGCAUAAAGCGGACCCGGCGGUGGACGGCGAGGACACGGACAUCACGUAUCAGAGGUUCCACGACGACGAGGACUUCGAUUCGUCCUACGGCGCGGUGACAGUGAGCGACCCGAACACCAUCAUGCUGGACCCCUGUCCUCCCGAUCCCACCGCUGUGUAAACGAGUAUCGGCUCUUCUCUCUGGUGUCGGAGAUAAAGCGGAUUUAACAUGUAAGUUGCCGUCAUCGAGAAGAAAAACUGCAAGAAAAAGACAGAAUAUUUAUCACUGAACUCGACUGCAAAGAGGAGCUUCAUGUCAUCGGCAUAGUUCAGGC